UCCUAUCCGGCAAAAUCUCCCUCGCCCGACUUGCAACCUCAUCCACCCACCCAACCCCAACCGCAUCGCAUCGCAUCUCUUCCCUCUCCUCAUGCUGCCUCGAUGACGGCAAUGAGUUGACGUCGUCGGACUUCACCCACGCGUUGCAUCGCGGUCAAUUUGAACGACUCAGCGCUGUAGAGACAGCUGCAACGGCGCCGCCAUGAGCGACGACGACCACGCUUGGCCAUCACUCCUUCUGGCCAAGCACGAGAGAGCUCAUCGCGAGCACGUACACCAACAUCAACACCAUCUUUUCCACCGAGCCCAGACGGGCGAUACAGCGACCGCUACCGCAGUCCAGUCAGUCGUUACAGAGGUCACCGCAACCGUAUCCGUGGUACAACAGAUCGAUGUCGAUUCCAAUGGCAGCACCUUUGCUAUACAAACCGUCUUGGCCGAUUCGACACAGGGAGCCACAGGUGCUGCAGCCACCUCAAAUACAAAUUACCUUACUACUACUACAUCCGCCAGUCCAGGACCUGUCUCUUCCUCUUCCUCAUCAGCCUCGUCUACGAAUGCUGGGGGGUCACCGCAGAUUAGCUCUGCCUCACAAUCUUUGAAUUCCAGUACAUCGACGUCCUCGGCAUCCGCUCUUUCCACAUCCUCAAGUUUCUCUUCGUUAAUAGCUAGUACUAAUUCCACAACUUUAAUUUCAAGUUCCUCGAGUAGCUUGACCGCAAUCCCAAACUUCUCAAACUCUUCGAUAUCGUCUUCAUCGACUUUAUCAAGCUCGUCCUUCACCUACCUUACAUCCUCGAGCUCUUCUUCUUCGGAAGAAUUAACGAGCUCCACAAGUUCGACUUCAUCUCUUUACUCGCCAAGUUCUUCAUCUUCGGUCGCUGGAACGAGUGCUGGCGGUGGAAUUGGUGGAGGAGGAGCAGGGAGCACAAGCAGUGCGCCUACCAGCACUGCAACGUCUGGAAGUGGAAAUGGUACCAGUUCUUCUAAUACACCAUCCACUCCCGUCGUUGUGGGUGGCGUCGUAGGCAGUAUUGCCGGGGCUGCCAUCUUAAUAUUUCUUCUCUUGGCCUUCAUUCGAUGGAAGAAACGACAUCAGUCCAUGUUGUCAUUGGGUAGUGGGAACGAAGGAUCUGGAGCUGUGACAAGCCGAGAUGGACCACCGCCAGUUGCACCAUCGGGUGGAAUGACUGAGCGGCGAUCACUGGCUUUCGUACCCAUGGCUCUAGCCAACCUAACUGGAUUUAACAAGAGAGGAUCCCGACAGACAGACCGGACUGUAUCAUCGACAGCAGAAAGCGAACGAGGCUUCUACCGAGUUUCUGGAAGAAAGCUCCCUUCAGUCUUACAAACUGGUGGCGAUGGGUACGGUGACGGCAUAGGUGAACCCAAUACCUUGAGUGGAUCAUCUUUUUACCGGGACUCUCAAGGCUUCUAUGGGGGACCUGGCAGCCCAUCAACCGCUGGCCCUUCUGGGACCUCGAGACGACCAGAAAGCGGGGUCCCUGUUAUGCGACCAAGCCCGGCGAGGACACCCGUUACUCAACAAGGACCGUUUUCGGCAACGCCCGAUCCAUUGACACCACCACGGCGCCCCGAUGUUCUAGGGCGGUCUCACCCCUCACAUGAUGGGUCUCACACUUCUUCGAGAUUUACUGAGGAGAUAGUUUGAAAUAAGCCUUCUUCGUCUCAAGAAAGUGUGUGUGUGUCUGUGCCUUGACUUUCGGGUCCAGGGAUUUCCGGCUAUGGAUGAUUACGAAUGUCGCAUUUUCCUUGUAGAUAUUGUCAGUGCCCCCGGCGCACUUCUCUUUCUUUGGCUCUUGGCCUGGAUACCUUCUGUGCGCUUCUUUGGCAUUUAAUUGGCGUUUUUUUGUCUCUUGAUGUAUGAAUCAGUCGUCUUGGAGCGCUGAUGAACAGCUGGUCUCAUUUGUUGUGAUGAUGAGGUCGUUGUUGGGUUUUUCUAGACGACAUCUGUUCAUGAAGACUAAGAUCUAGCUGGGAUUGGAGAUGAGGGACUAUUUAGUCUUGUUCUCCUCCAGGAUCGUGUCAUCUUUGUAUAAUACCCUUUUUGAGAGAGUAGUAGAUGGAUGGAAUGGAUAAAAGAUAAUGUCUCCCACGUC